AACUCAAACCCAAACUGUACACAAUAGUAUCAAAUCAUCUCUUAGCUAUAUGCUAGCUUCUUCCACUAUAUAUAUAUAUAAACCAACCUCAACACAAAUGGCUCAUUCAUCAUUCAUUGAUUUCAACCUUAUGGCGUUUUUUGCUAUUUUAGUCAACAUCUUCUUCUUUCUCUCAACCCUUUUGAUCUCUUAUCCAUUCUUAAAGAGACACUUGAAUAAACACAAAUUCAUAUCCAAGAUUAAGCCUAAGCUUCCCCCAGGUUCAAUGGGUUGGCCUUACAUAGGACAAACUCUUCAACUCUAUUCUCAACACCCUAAUGUCUUCUUUGCUUCUAAACAAAAAAGAUAUGGAGAAAUAUUCAAAACACAUAUACUAGGAUGUCCAUGUGUGAUGCUAGCAAGUCCCGAGGCUGCAAGAUUUGUGUUGGUGACUCAUUCUCACUUGUUCAAACCUACCUAUCCCAAAAGCAAAGAGAAGCUUAUUGGUUCUUGUGCAUUGUUCUUCCAUCAAGGAGAUUAUCACACUCGCAUUCGGAAACUUGUUCAAACCUCUCUUUCUCCUGAAUCAAUCAAGAAACUCAUCCCGGAUAUUGAAACACAAGUCAUUUCAUCCUUGGAAUCUUGGGUUUCUAUUGGACAAGUCAUUAAUGCUUUCCAUGAAAUGAAAAAGUUUUCUUUCAAUAUCGGAAUCCUCUCCGUCUUUGGUAACUUGGAAAACAAUUAUAGAGAACAGCUUAAGGAGAAUUACAGCAUUAUAGAGAAAGGCUACAAUUCUUUUCCAACUAGGAUACCUGGAACUGCAUACUCCAAAGCUCUUUUGGCGAGGCAAAGAAUCCAAGAGAUUAUAAGUGAGAUAAUAUGCAAGAGAAAGGAGCAGAAAUUGAUUGAGAAGAAUCUAUUAAGCCACUUGCUAAACUACAAAGAUGAAAAGGGAGAAAUAUUAACUGAUGAGGAAAUAGCUGAUAAUGUAAUUGGAGUACUAUUUGCAGCUCAAGAUACUACAGCAAGUGUUCUAACAUGGAUUCUCAAGUACCUUCAUGAUGAUCAGAAACUUCUUGAAGCAGUAAAAGCAGAGCAAAUGUCAAUAUAUGAAGCCAAUGAAGGAGGGAAGAUCCCAUUGAGUUGGAAUCAAACAAGAAAUAUGCCACUUACACAUAGGGUCAUAUUGGAAAGUCUAAGGAUGGCAAGUAUAAUCUCAUUUACUUUUAGGGAAGCUGUGGUUGAUGUAGUAUACAAAGGAUAUUUAAUACCAAAGGGUUGGAAAGUAAUGCCACUGUUCAGAAACAUCCACCAUAAUCCAGAAUUCUACAUUAAUCCUCAGAGUUUUGACCCAUCGAGAUUUGAGGUUUCUCCAAAGCCCAAUACAUUUAUGCCAUUUGGUAAUGGAGUGCACUCUUGUCCAGGAAAUGAGUUAGCCAAGUUGAAUAUGUUGAUAUUAAUUCACCAUCUAGUAACAAAAUUUAGGUGGGAGGUUGAAGGACAUGAAAGUGGAGUUCAAUAUAGUCCAUUCCCAAUCCCAAUGCAUGGUCUACCAACAAGAUUUUUGAGAGAUCAAUAAACUCAAGGAAGUUUAGCUAGAUUAUUGACAACAAAUUAAUAUAUUAUCCUUUAUUAAUCAUUCAUGUAAUUUUGAGAUAAUUUAUGUAUGGUCCUUCCUAACUUAACAUCAUGCCUAGGUUAUUGUAAAGGGUAGCAAGCUUGUUAGCACCAUUGAUAGCUUGUGAUAGUAAUUUGUCUAAUCUUAUUUCUAAAAGAAAAAUUAUGUUUUAUUAUUUAAUAGUAUGUGACUUAUUCAAUAAAAUUUGUUGAAACA